CCUCGAUCAUGUGACCGCGUGACGUAGCACGUCCAUGCUGAGCCUCUUCUUCCACGCUGCCUCCACCUCUUGCCUGCUUUGGAGGCGGUUUGACUUGACAGUCUUGAGGAGUCUCACAGGAAAGCCUAAAGAGAUGAACAGUGAAAACUUCACCCUGAGUGAGAAGAUCGUCUCAACUUCCUACAUUCGACAGGGCUGCCAGGCGCGCCGCGGCCACGAGCAGCUCAUCAGACACUUACUGGAGCAGGGUAAGUGUCCAGAGGAAGGAUGGAGUGAGGGUACCAUAGAGCUCUUCUUGAAUGAGCUGGCUGUGAUGGACAGCAAUAACUUCCUCGGCAACUGUGGCGUGGGGGAAAGGGAAGGCCGGGUGGCUUCCAGCCUUGUGGCAAGACGACAUUACAGGUUGAUCCAUGGCAUAGGUCGGUCAGGUGACAUUGCUGCUAUUCAACCAAAAGCUGCAGGAUCCAGCCUACUGAAUAAGCUGACCAACUCCAUCGUGUUGGACAUCUUAAAGCUCUCAGGUGUGCGCAGUGUGGCGAGUUGCUUUGUAGUUCCUAUGGCAACAGGAAUGAGCUUGACUUUGUGCUUUCUGACCCUUCGUCAUCGGAGACCCAAGGCUCGCUAUAUCAUUUGGCCUCGCAUCGACCAGAAGUCCUGUUUCAAAGCCAUGAUCACAGCAGGCUUUGAACCUGUGGUUGUGGAGAAUGUACUUGAAGGUGAUGAGUUGCGGACAGACUUGGAAACAGUUGAGCACAAAAUCAAGGAGCUCGGAGCAGAAAACAUCUUGUGUGUUCAUUCAACAACAUCCUGCUUUGCCCCGCGGGUCCCUGACAGGCUUGAGGAGCUGGCCGCUAUGUGUUCCAAAUAUAACAUUCCCCACAUAGUUAACAAUGCAUACGGAGUGCAGUCAUCCAAAUGCAUGCACCUUAUACAACAGGGGGCUCGUGUUGGAAGAAUUGAUGCCUUUGUACAGAGCUUGGACAAGAACUUCAUGGUUCCAGUAGGUGGCGCCAUAAUCGCAGGUUUUGAUGAGUCCUUCAUCCAGGAGAUAAGCAAGAUGUAUCCAGGUCGAGCAUCUGCCUCACCUUCCCUUGAUGUCCUCAUCACCCUUCUCACUCUGGGAGCCAGCGGCUAUAAGAAACUCCUGUCAGAAAGAAAGGAGAUUUAUUCGUUCCUGGCUCAGGAGCUGAAGAGCCUGGCCUCAGCACAUGGGGAGAGAUUGCUUCACACCCCACAUAACCCCAUUUCACUGGCCAUGUCUCUGGAUGGUCUCCAAGCAGGGUGUGACAAGGCAGUGACUCAGCUGGGCUCCAUGCUGUUCACCCGUCAAGUGUCGGGAGCCAGGGUAAUACCACUUGGCAAGGAGCAGACCAUAAGCGGACACACAUUCCGCGGCUUUAUGUCGCACUCGGAGGUGUACCCCUGCCCUUACCUCAAUGCUGCCUCGGCUGUGGGCAUCACACGUGAAGAUGUGACACUGUGCAUAAAAAGACUUGACAAGUGCCUGAAGACGCUGAAGAAAGAGGGAACUGCAGUUAAAAGUAGUUCCCCGUUACCACCAAAGUGCCAGGAGGACGCUACUGGAGAAUGACUGAGCUGAAAUAGGAACGUUUCAACAGUCACUGUGACCAUGACUGCAUUGUUUAUUUUUUAUGUAUGUGCGUCAUUAUGAAUGUAUACAUGUAAUUAAAGAUAUCUCUAAGGAAUUAAAAACACACUGUAAUAAGGUCAAAGACGGAGCUCAGCACCAACAGCUGGCGAUGAAACUGUGUGCAGGUGUUCAUAACAAACAAAAAUGACACAAGCUGAUGUCAUUGAUUAAUUCCCUCCUGUGAAAGUGCGCUCAUUAGUAGACAUUGUAAGAACAAAACCUGCAUACAAAUGCAUCUCAGAGAAGUAUGGUUGUAUAUCACUGAUCUAAAAUUAGACCAAAGCAUCUGCAAAGACUGUUGAUGUAUUAUUUAGGUAUAUAAUAUUAUGCUUCACUUUGUUAUGAACUUUGGACUCAGAAUAUAAUAUUACGGAUCUACUGCUCUACAUAGCCUUUACUAUGUCUGUCAUUUUUCCUAAUUAAAGCCAUCUAAACCCCC